GCUGCCCGUUCUCACCCGCGCCACGCCAGUCUUUCCGACACGGUCAGCUUUAGUGUUCCUCUUUCUCAUCUUCGUUCCCGGGCAGCUUCAUAUACAAAUAAAUAUGUGAGACACGCUUUAAUUUUCUCUCUUCAGCCCACCACCACCAACUUCCCCGGUGGUGCAGGAGCUGCGCCACCGCCUAUUACAUAUCUAUCUUGCCGGUGAGAGAGAAGGAGAAAAAUGGGCCAGGGGAUGAGCUGCAGCAGCAGUGAGGAGCAAGGGUUGUUCAGUGCAGUGCAGUUGGGGGAUUUGGAAAUGUUUGAAGCCAUUUUAAAAAAGGAUUCAUCUCUCAUUCAUCACUCCACUGUUUAUGAUCAUAACUCUCCUCUGCAUAUUGCUGCCGCCAAUGGCCAGAUCGAGAUUCUUUCAUUGCUUCUUGACCGAUCCGUGAAGCCGGAUGUGUUAAAUCGGCACAAACAGACUCCACUGAUGCUGGCUGCAAUGCAUGGCAAGAUCUCCUGUGUGGAGAAGCUAAUCGAGGCUGGUGCCAAUAUUUUGAUGUUUGAUACUCUAAAUGGAAGAACCUGCUUGCACUAUUCGGCCUACUACGGCCAUUCUGAUUGCCUCGAGGCCAUUCUAUCCGCUGCUCGAGCCUCCCACGUCUCAGCUUCGUGGGGAUACUCUCGUUUCGUGAACAUUAGGGAUAGCAAAGGGGCAACUCCUUUGCACUUGGCAGCGCGUCAAAGACGCCCUCAAUGUGUUCAUAUCUUGUUGGAUAAUGGAGCCCUUGUCUGUGCUUCGACUGGUGGAUAUAGCUUUCCUGGUAGUACUCCACUUCAUUUGGCUGCAAGAGGUGGUUCUCUUGAUUGUAUCAGAGAAUUGCUGGCCUGGGGUGCAGAUCGACUGCAGAGAGAUGCCUCAGGGAGAAUACCGUAUGUGGUGGCUUCAAGGUAUCGCCAUGGAGCAUGUGCGGCUCUUCUGAACCCUUCCUCAGCAGAGCCUCUUGUUUGGCCGUCGCCUCUAAAAUUCAUCAGUGAACUCAAUCAGGAGGCGAAAGCUCUAUUAGAGCAAGCCCUGAUGGAGGCCAACAGAGAAAGAGAAAAGAUCAUCUUGAAGGGAACAGUUUACUCUCACCCGUCUCCAUCAGCAUCCGACUCUGGAAUUGAUGAUGAUAUAUCUGAGGCAAGUGAAACAGAUCUUUGCUGCAUAUGCUUCGAUCAAGUUUGCACAAUCGAGGUUCAAGGAUGUGGACAUCGAAUGUGUGCACAAUGCACGCUCGCCUUGUGUUGCCACAAUAAGCCCAAACCAACAACCUCUUGCCCUACUGUGCCAGUUUGCCCCUUCUGCAGGAGCGAUAUUGUCAAGCUCGUCGUGGCUAAGCUCAGAGACGAGAAUGACAUUGAGCGUGACAUCAAUGCCUCAAAGCCACGCAAGUCUUGGAGGUCACGGAAUUUGAGCGAGGGAAGCAGCAGCUUCAAGAGCUUAUCUGCAGUGGGCUCGUUUGGCAAGAUGAGCCGCGGAUCUGGCAGGAUUGCUGCUGAGGACGAGCUUCUUGAUAAGCCGUUGAACCUUGAAACGUAGAUAAUGCAAGGGUUCAAGAACUGCCAUAAGGGCAGGUAUACAUAACUCUCUCUGUCCAUCUGCUUAGAAAUUUCAAGAAAAAUAAGCAAAUGCAUGUUUGCAUGUUUUUGAGUUUGGGGUUUAUUGGGUUUUACUUCCAAAUUCAGUUUUAGAAAGGUAUUCUUUGAAAAUAUUGAUGAUAUUCAAGAAAUGUCAUUCAUUUUGCUGCUGCUUCCCUUUGUAAAAUUCCUUAUUAUGUAUACUACUAGAAUUUAAGAAUGUGGAUUCAAAAUGAUGUAAUCAGAUGCUGUACAUUUUGAUGUUUGUAUGAACUUGGUGGAAGCUGAAUGAAAAAUUUGAAAUUGAAAUUGAA